AAACCCUAGCCCCCACCCCCACCCCACCCCCCACCCACCAGAAUGGCCGACGCCGCCGCGCUCGCCGCCGCCGUCCUCGGCGCAUCCACGCCCCCGGCGGCGGCCGCCGCGGCCUCCGCCGUGCUCGACUACCUGGCGCGCCACGCCCCCGCCGACCACCCGCGCGCCUUCUUCGCCGACGCCUUCCCCGCCGUCCUCUUCCGCCUCUUCGUCUCCUCCCCGUCCUCCCCCUCCUUCCUCGACCUCGCCGCCGCCGGCCCCGACCCGGACCCCGCGCUCGCCGGCCUCCUCCUCGCCCUCCUCGCCCCCUCCGGCCCGCUCCUCGCCGCCGCCGCCGCCGCCGACCGCCGCGCCCUCAUCCGCUUCGUCUUCCCCUCCGAGCGCCUCCCCUACUGGCUCCGCGUCGCCCUCGCCGACGCCGACGCCGGCGGCCGCGCCCUCGCCUCCCCGCUCCUCGCCGCCCGCGUCGGCUCCGAGCUCCACCUCUCCGUCUUCGAGUACUUCCUCUUCUGGUUCGCCUACUACCCCGUCUCCUCCGCCGAUCCCGCCGCCUCCGCCUCCCCCCCGACCAACAAAUCGCGCUCCCGCAUCGAGUCCUGGGUCUCCACCCUCGCGCCGACUGCCGGCGGCACACGCAAGCCGGGGCAGAAGCCUGAGCCCUGUCUGUACCUCAAGCUUCUGUACGCCUAUCUCAGGGAGUUUGUGCCGACAGCCGCCUGCACGCCAGUGCGCCGGCUCACCGGCACCCUCCUGCAGCGCACGGCCAGCGAGGAAGGUGCUGACGCCGCUGACCCUUUUGCCCGUGCCGAGUUCUUCCUCCACACCCUCGUCCAGUUCUGGCUUGUGGGGGACGACUUCUCGCCGCUGCCUGUGCAGACGUACCACGCGUUCGGACUCAAGCUGCCCUCCCGGGCUCGCGCCGAGCUGAGCGAGCAGCCGCCGUCCCCUGGGCUCGGGGAUGCGGUCAAGCUGCUCGUCAUGUACCUGAACUGCUGUGUUGGUGGUCCUGCGCGCAUGGUGUUUGAAGGAAUGACAGCGAGGAAUGUGGUCUGCGAUAGCCAGGUUGGAUUCUGGAAUCCCCUGAUACAGAGGCCUAUGUAUCGGUUUGUGUUGAGGGCCUUCUUGUUCUGCCCCAUUGGCGCGGUGAUAAAAAAUGCAACGCAAGUCUUCUCUGUGUGGUUGGCAUAUAUGGAGCCAUGGAAGGUUACACAAGAGGAGCUGGAUGAGUAUGAUGUGUCCCUGAUGCAGGGGACGGGCACACAGGGGACGCAGAAAGGGGAGCUGCUAUAUACUCCGUCGUGGAAGAAUUAUGUGCUGUCCAAUUACCUAUUCUAUAGCUCGAUGGUGGUGCAUUUCCUGGGUUUUGCACACAAGUUUAUCCAUUCUGAUGUCUCCUCAGUGCUCGUGAUGAUUUUAAAGGUAUUGGAAGUCUUGUCUUCCUCAACAGAACUGGUGGAUCUUCUAUAUAAAGUGGAUAUUGCCUAUCAUUCUAGACCGGUUACUUCACCGUCAACUUCUUCAGAAUCAGAUGAUGUAAUGAAGUAUGUUCCGUCAAUCCGUGAGCAGCUAAAGGAUUGGGAGGAUGGUCUGACAGAAACUGAUGCAGAUGGAUCUUUCUUGCAUGAGCAUUGGAACUCUGAUCUAAGACUUUUCAAUAGUGGUGAGGACGGGGCUUAUCAUCUGCUUCAGCUCCUUCUGAUCCGAGCAGAGCUGGAGAUACAACGCCUGCCAGGUGACACAGUACAAGCUCUCCAGUCGUUGGAUUUGAUAAAAUCCCGGAUGAAAAAGAUCUUCCAGGGCCGCAUUGAAGGCAUCCACCACCAGAAUACUUCAGCGCAGGAGUUGCAGGAUCAACAUCCAGGGCGCGGCGAGAUAUUUACACCUAAGCAUCCCCAUUCGGGGAGGAGCAAGUUUGGCGAAGUCAGAUACAGAGGCGACUGGAUGAAGAGGCCCAUCUCGGAGACUGAAGUGGCCUGGCUCGCGAGGAUCCUUAUCCACAUAUCUGACCGACUGAACGACGCCCUUCGACUUGGCUGUGACGGUGCUGCUGAUGAUAGCGUUGCUAACCCGACGUACAUUAAGUUUGACAGGAACGAUCUGACGACAAUAGGGGGACCGAAGGACGCCGCUAGGAUGGCUCUCGUGGCUAUCUGUUCGCUGCUGGCGGUUGUGGGACAGGCGGUGCUGAGGUUCAUGAGGGCGCACAGGGUAAAGAUCAAUCUUAGAGUUUUUGCUUCGAAGAAGCUGCUGACUGGCCUCGUGUUGCUGUACGCGAUGGUGGCGGGGACAAAGAGAGCUUUUUAUUGAGCUUUACAUGUGUUGCUUCCAGCACCGACACCGUCGCUAAUGCUUCCGUGAUCUUCACUGAAGCUCCCAAGUUGGAGAUGAUGGUGCAUGUGAUGUACAAAACCCAUAGGAAGGAAGAGGUGGAAACUCACAAAGGGAUCGACUUGUUAGUGUGUGCCAUGGAGACUGAGAGCAAGGGAAUGGUGCCCACUGGCUGGGUUCUUGUUUUGCUCUUUGUUAGAGAAGUGGCUGGCAACGGCACUCAUGUAAAAUGAAAGAAAAAAUGAUGUAAACUUACGUUGUAAUACUGGGUUUCGUAGUCCUGGAGAAAGAAAGAAAAACCUGGUUCGCUGUU